CUGAAAGCAGCCAGUGUCCGGGGCCGGGGGCGGGCCGCGGGAAGCACGGGGUGGGGACCACCGAGCGGCCUUAAGGGGGCGCGGGCCACCGGCCCUGCUCACCAUGGCGGCCCCGCUGCUGGCCCUGCUGCUGCUCCUGGCCGCGGCCCCCCCCUCGCAGCCCGCCCCGCCGACCUGCUACUCCCGGGUGCUGACCCUGAGCCGGGAGGUCAGCCGGGACUUGGAGAGCCUGCAGGCCACUGAGCCCUGGGAGCCGUGCGUGAGGCACCUGCCGAAGCUCUACCUGGAUAUUCACAAUUACUGCGUGCUGGUCAAGCUGCGGGACUUCAUGGCGUCCCCCCAGUGCCAGAGAGCCGCCCCGGUGGACGCCCUGAAGGACAAAGCCAGGAAGCUGUACACCAUCAUGACCUCCUUCUGCAGGAGGGACCUAGUGUUUGUGUCGGAUGACUGCGACGCCCUGGAAUACCCGAGCCCGGUGACCACGGUCCUGCCAGGUCGCCAGAGCUGAGCCACGACGGGGCGGGCCCAGAGGGGCAGAGGUCGUGGCCGUGGCCCUGACCCAGUGGGCUGUAGGCCUGGCCCCAAGUGCUCCCGUUCUGCAGCGUCUGGACCUGCCACACGCCCGCCUUCCAGAGGGCAGAACCCGAGCCCUGCCUGAACCCAAGCUAGACGCGCGUGAGCCCUAGAAGCCCCGCUCAGUCCCUCCCUCGGCUUUGUCCCGCCCUGCAGACACCAGCACGGCUAUUUACUCGCCGAGACGAAAGCAGCAGCCUGCUCCUUUUACGUGCCACUGGCUGGAGAACCCAGCAAAACAGCAACAUCGCAGCACGGCCUGGCUGGCCUCUCUCUCGGCGGGAGCCUGCUGCGCCGAGCAGAGCUUCUGCGCCUGGCCCCCAGCGCGUGCUCUCCUUAGUUACUUUCGUUCUUAAAGCAUGUGUGUCUAUGCACGCUUCACCACCCCAGAGAGCAGACGGGAACGCUCUGCACGGAAAGGUGGUAACAUGGAAUAAAGGCCAUCCCCGCAGGAAGCGUGUGCUGUGUCUGUCCCAGGAGGG